CGCGCCUAGACUGUGCCUGCAUCCCUCAUCGCUCGGCUCGAUCGCUGAUCAGUUCUGCGGCCGGCGACGUGUGCUAGCUCACGACGACGACAUGGGCUCGGCGGUGAAGAUCGGGACGUGGGGCGGCGACGGCGGGAGCCCCUGCGACAUCACGGUGGCGCCGCGGCGGCUGGAGAGCAUCACCAUCCGCUGGGGCAAGGUCCUCGACUGGAUCGCCUUCUCCUACCGGGACCAGAGCGGGGAGCUGCACACCGCCGGCCCCUGGGGCGGCAACGGCAAAGGAGAGGGCACGGAGACGAUCACACUGGAGGCCUCGGAGUAUGUAACGGGAGUGGCCUGGUCCGUGGGCCCGUUCAAGUUCAAGAACGUGGAGCGCUGCAUCACCUCCUUCAAGGUCGUGACCAACCUCCGCAGCUACGGCCCUUUCGGCCACGGGGUGGACAGCACGCACCACAGCUUGCCCGUGCUCGACGGCAGCGUCGUCGGCAUGUUCGCCCGCGCAGGGGAUUUUCUCGACGCCAUCGGCUUCUACGUUCUCCCAGAUGCCCUCCCUGCUCUAAAACCGACGACGGACCCUGCUGAACAAGAAGAAAAAGAAAAGGAUUCUGGCCAUCAACAGAAUGGGAAGGCAAAAUCUAACCAAGAAGAAAACGAGGACUCCAAAAACGAGAAGGAUAAACCCUUGUCGUAGUUCGUUUUCUACGACAAAAAAUGAAUCCUAAUCUUUGUCGGAUAUCUAUUUGUGCUCUUGUUGUGAGUCUCUUCAGCUAUUGUUCCAACUAUUAUUAAUAUAUGUACAUGCGUGGGAGCUAUGCAUUGUAAUAAUCAAUUUUCAGAAAAUAAAGAGUAUUUUCCCU